AUGAUAAUACUGCAAGGGGAAGCGGCUCUGUGCGAGACGAAGAGCUCUAUAUUCACCGGAGCUUGCUUCAGCGAUCGAAAUUGCGAAACGAUUUGCGAGAAGGAAGGGUUUCUCAACGGUAGAUGCAAAUUGUGGAAGUGCAUCUGCAGUAAGGACUGCGGUAUUGGCGGCGGCGGCGGCGUUGUUGUUCCCCCUGGCGGCGGCGGCGAUGUGCCUCCUGGCGGCGGCGACGAUGUUCCUCCUGGCGGCGGCGGUGAUGUGCCUCCUGGCGGCGGUGAUGUGCCUCCUGGCGGCGGUGAUGUGCCACCGGAGGGCGGCGAUGUGCCACCGGGUGAAGCUAAAGUGCCACCGAAGGGCGGGGAUGUGCCGCCGGCUAAAGUGCCACCGAAGCCGCCUGUGAUUAUUAAUUAA